GCAGCUCUUUUGACUCAAUCAGCCGUUGUUGUCUGUCGACAGAUUGAGAUGAUGAAUGUCUUUUUAGGAUAUGAGCAAGCAAAUCGAUAUAAAGUCAUGGAUCCUCAUGGAAAUCUUUUAGCAUAUAUUCUAGAAGAGGAAGGAUUUGGAAAAUCAAUCAGUCGUCAGUUCCUCAGAACGCAUCGAAAGAUGAAUGCAACUGUUCUUAACCCCGAGGGGGAAGUGAUGUUUAAGAUCGUUAGACCUUAUUCUUUGGUCAACAGUCGUAUCUUUAUUUACACUGCAGAAGAUGAGCUUGUAGGCGAAGUACAGCAAAGAUGGCACUUGCUUAGAAGGAAGUAUGAUUUGUUUGUUGGGCAAAAGCAGUUUGCCACAAUCGAUACACCCUUUUUAGGUUGGGAUUUCCAUCUUCAAGAUGAGAAUGGUGGUGUCCUUGGUAACGUGAAUCGUAACUUUGUUGGGUUUGCUAGAGAGUUAUUCACGGAUACCGGAGAAUAUGUCCUUAGAAUGGAUGCAGCUGAGGGGAGUGUUAGAGGCAUGACUUUAGACGAAAGAGCAGUUACACUGGCUUGUGCUGUUUCCAUUGAUUUUGAUUAUUUCUCAAGGCAUUCAACU